CAGGAGGGAGGGGAUCAGGAGAAAUGACUGGUGGAUACUAGGCUUGAUACCUGGGUGACGAAAUGGUGUGUACAGCAGAUCCCCAUGGCACACGUUUACCUAUAUAACAAACCUGCACAUCCUGCACAUACACCGUGGACUUAAAAUAAAAGUUAAAAAAAUAAAUACUUAUUUACUAAACAAAUGUAUCUAGAGCAUAUGCCAGGUGCUAGGCUGAACAAGAGAGUACUGACCCUCAAAGAACUCACAUUUCCAUUAUUUUCCUUUUUCCCCCCUUUAACUUAAAAAAUUAUUUCUGUUGUGGUAAAAUAUCCUAACAUAAAACUUACCAUUUUAACCAUUUUUAAGUGUACAAUUCAGUGACAUUAAAUACAUUCACACUGUUGUGCAACCAUCACUACAAUCCAUCUCCAGAACUUCAUUAUCAUCCCAAACUGAAAUGGUGUACCCAUUAAACCCAUUAACUCCUCAUUCCCCUCUUCCUCCAGCCCUAGAUAAUCACUAUUCUACUUUCUGUUUCUAUGAAUUUGACUAUUCUAGGUACCGAACAUAAGUAGACUCAUACAAUAUUUGUCUUUCUGUGUCUUGAGAUUUCACCUAGCAUAAGGUCUUCAAGUCUAAUCCAAGUUGUAGCAUGUAUCAGAAUUUCAUUCCUUUUUAAAGGGUGAACAAUAUUCCUUUGUACGUACACACAUUUUAACUUCAAUUACUUUUAAAUAGCUAAUUUCUCAUUUUAUUUCUUUCAAAGACACAUUAUGCUAGCUGCUAGAUUGUUACAAUGCACUCUCUUGGGAGAAAAGAUUUUCCUUCCUAUCCACAAUUACCUGCAGCUCCCCUUCAUUUAUGUUAUAUAUAGCACAAACACAUUUACCCAGAGGAGAUUCUACAUUCAAGAACAUUUCGUAAGCAAUUCACUACUGUCUCUGACAUUGAUAGGGUCUGCAGAGCACCAUGGAACCCUGGGUGCUCAGGAAAUAUUAUCCUAAGGUACCUACGUAGUAAAAUAACUCCGUUUUUUUUUUUUUUUUUUUUUUUUUUUGAGAUGGAGUCUCACUCUGUUGCUCAGGCUGGAGUGCAGUGGUGAGAUCUUGGCUCACCGCAACCUCUGCCUCCCAGGUUCAAGCAACUCUCUGCCUCAGCCUUCCGAGUAGCUGGGAUCACAGGCGCCCAACACCACGCCCAGCUAAUUUUUGUAUUUUUAGUAGAGACAGGGUUUCACCAUCUUGGCCAGGCUGGUCUUGAACUCCUGACCUCGUGAUCCACCCACCUCGGCCUCCCAAAGUACUGGGAUUACAGGUGUGAGCCCCUGUGCCUGGCCAUAAAAGAACUUCUAAAGAGCAGCUGUAGUGAAUUUACGACCAAGACUUUUCCAUAGAAAAUAACUGAUAAGGUGAAAAAAAAAAAAAAAAAGCUUGUCAGAAAGCUGACAAGAAAGCUAAAAAUUACCAUUCUUUUCUCAGAAAUCUAACAGAUCCCAGAGGAUUGCUACUUGGAGUUCUUCCUCAGUUUUAUUAGUGCUAAACAUCUGAUUGGCCAGGGAUGACCAAACUAAACUCCUACUGAAUCCAUGAAGGAAGUCAGAAAAUAAAGGGUGGGGAAAACUAAUCUUGGUUAAUACUCAAAAGGCGUAUUUUUACAUUUCCUGCACCUUUGAAAUGCCUUGGUGACUUACAAACCUAAUCUAGGACCAAGAAUGAACUUUACUGGAGAGAUACAGGCCUUGAGAGGUUAAGGACUUGACUAGUGGUAUCACAUUAACAACUGGAAAUGAGAUGCUGGCAUUUCCCUUUCCAGCAUAUACUGCCUGAUAAAUGAUUUCUUUCCCCCGACUCCAGCUUUAAGGUGUAAGUGACAAAUAGAAAUUGUUCAUGUUUAUGGUAUACAACGUGACGUUUUGAUAUACAUAUAUAUACACACACACACUGCGAAUAAUUAAAUGAAGCUAAUCAACAUAAUCCAUCAUCUCACAUACUUACUUUCCUGUGGUGAAAACAUUUAAGGUGUACCCUCUUCACAAUUUCAAGUACACAAUAUAUGAUUAUUAACUAUAGAACUCAUCCACCUUCUCUGACUGAAACUUUGUAUCAUUUGACCAACAUUUCCCUAUAUUCCCCACCCCCGUGCCAAGACUUCUUACUUGCCUUUCUUGAACAAAUACUUGAAUUACAGUGUUAUUACGAAGCUGCAAAGUUGCUCCUCAAGCAACUUAUUGAAGGGAAGCAAGAAGCGUCGAAAAAGAAAGCGCUUUUUUUUUUUUUUUUUUUUUUUUCGGAUAGGGUUUGGCUGUUGCCCAGGCUGGAGUGCAAUGGCACUAUCUGGGCUCAAAGAAAACACUUAUUUUUCACAAAUAACAGAAAAAGCAGUGAAUAUUUUGAAGUCUGGAUCCUGAACUCUAGGUUAUUUAGGUCUGAAACCUGUACUAGGGGGAGGGGUGCAAGAAAGAGUUGAUAAAAUUACCUUAACCAUGUGGAAACUUUAAGACUUUCUUACAUACUAACCCCUCGCCCCCAACUUUUCUCAAUAAACGAGCCAAACUGGCUGAAACGAAGGGACUCGUCCGCGGCGCCGGCUCAGACCCACUGUAGCCGACUCAUUACCGCCCAAACUCCUGGAGCCCUCGACCGGGGAUGGAGAACACCGUGGAGGAACCCUAAGAGAGGGAAUCCUGCGAAGAGAAGUCAGGUGGUCGCCUUGCCGGAAACGGGACCAAAGUCCUCUAGCUGGGAUUACGGGAGCCGGCGAGGGACCUAUUAUGUCAGGGUUCAGACAACCCAGCUCUGCAUGCAAGCCUUUCCAAUUGCCAGUCUUGGGGCGGGCUCACAUCUUCUCUACAAGGCGAACUCACUACACGCCUUGGGUGCCGAUCGUCCCUAGCAACCACCCGCGAUUUAAGGCGGAAGUACCUCCCUGGUCCUCCUCCUCCUCCGGGCCAACCAAGCCCUCGUGAGGAAGCGCGUUGGCCCAAUCACCUAGGCGGGAACUACUACCAGCCAAUAGGAAGCAGGCACAGGAGGGCGGGCUAAAGAGGUCGCGGUCGCACGCGCAGUUGGUCCUUAGUACUGCGGCCGUGUGGGUGAGUUGGCUGCCGGUGAGUUGGGUGCCGGUGGAGUCGUGUUGGUCCUCAGAAUCCCCGCGUAGCCGCUGUCUCCACCUACCCUCGCCAUGUUUCUCACCCGGUCUGAGUACGACAGGGGCGUGAAUACUUUUUCUCCCGAAGGAAGAUUAUUUCAAGUGGAAUAUGCCAUUGAGGCUAUCAAGCUUGGUUCUACAGCCAUUGGGAUCCAGACAUCAGAGGGUGUGUGCCUAGCUGUGGAGAAGAGAAUUACUUCCCCACUGAUGGAGCCCAGCAGCAUUGAGAAAAUUGUAGAGAUUGAUGCUCACAUAGGUUGUGCCAUGAGUGGGCUAAUUGCUGAUGCUAAGACUUUAAUUGAUAAAGCCAGAGUGGAGACACAGAACCACUGGUUCACCUACAAUGAGACAAUGACAGUGGAGAGUGUGACCCAAGCUGUGUCCAAUCUGGCUUUGCAGUUUGGAGAAGAAGAUGCAGAUCCAGGUGCCAUGUCUCGUCCCUUUGGAGUAGCAUUAUUAUUUGGAGGAGUUGAUGAGAAAGGACCCCAGCUGUUUCAUAUGGACCCAUCUGGGACCUUUGUACAGUGUGAUGCUCGAGCAAUUGGCUCUGCUUCAGAGGGUGCCCAGAGCUCCUUGCAAGAAGUUUACCACAAGUCUAUGACUUUGAAAGAAGCCAUCAAGUCUUCACUCAUCAUCCUCAAACAAGUAAUGGAGGAGAAGCUGAAUGCAACAAACAUUGAGCUAGCCACAGUGCAGCCUGGCCAGAAUUUCCACAUGUUCACAAAGGAAGAACUUGAAGAGGUUAUCAAGGACAUUUAAGGAAUCCUGAUCCUCAGAACUUCUCUGGGACAAUUUCAGUUCUAAUAAUGUCCUUAAAUUUUAUUUCCAGCUCCUGUUCCUUGGAAAAUCUCCAUUGUAUGUGCAUUUUUUUAAUGAUGUCUGUACAUAAAGGCAGUUCUGAAAUAAAGAAAAUUUUAAAAGA